UUUGUCCGUGUCACACACACACACACACACACACGGAGAGAGCAGUGAUUUGUUACUGCUGCUAAAGUCGAAUUAAAGAACAACACUUACACACUCACACGUGUUAAAGUUCAUCUGGUUUGUUCUUAUAGCCAUGUGAGGGGUCCUGUAAUGUCCACGGAUCAGGAUAAAGAUUCGUUAUCGCUCAAAAGACAUAGAGGAGGUGACGGUGGUCUGGAUGGUUUAGGAGGGCCCGGCUUGCUCCUGGGAAGUUCGGAUAAAAAGAAACGCAAGCCGAAUACACUGGCACCGUUGUUUGCGCCCCUCUCUGAAUAUGCACCACCUCCGAACCCGAGCUCCGAUCACCUGGUGGCUUCCAACCCGUUUGAUGAUAACUACAACUGUCCUCCUGCGUCUCUGAAGCCCCUGAACAGCACCAACCCCUACUUCGGCCCGGCUCACUACCCGGGGCUCGGUGGUUAUGGGCCGCCCCGUGUGGUGUCGCACAUCCAGAACAGAAUGCCUGCUCCUUUUGGGUCUCAGUUUCAGAUACGGAACCAGACACACCUGUUCGCCCAGAACCCGAUGGGUCCGAUGGGAUUUAACCGAGCGCCUGGGUUCAGUUACGCGCAUCCCGAGAACCAGGCCUUCGACAAUCGAGCCGUGUUUAACAACAACGGUGGCAUGCACCAGCACUUCAGACCGGGUCCUGGAGAGAACAUCAACCAGCUUUCUUUUUCCAACAUGAACCAGAACCACGGUCCAGAUCCGAUGUUCGGCCCCGAGGUGACAACAGGCGGGAUUCGUCCUGCGGCUGUGAUGAAAUCCAGCCCAGAUAUGAGCCCUGGACUGAACUUCACCCAGCCUACGACACCCAAACAGGACCAGGGCGAGAGCGGAAACAAAAACACUACGCCUCUACGGAGACCGAGUCAGAUCUCAGAAGAGGGCGGAGCUCAAGUGAGUCAGUUGGAGCUUAAAGGGAAAAACAGAUCUAAUGUAGAAGGACGUGUGGAGAAGAUCAACGGUGUCCUUCACUCCAACAUCGAGCUGCUAAAGAAGUCUCCUCAUCCUGUCACGGAGAACAGCGCGGAGAGGAACCGGCGACUCGCCAACAGCAAAACCGGCUCGGCCAACAGCAAGAGAAGUCGCCUGAGCGGCUCCGCCCCCUCUGAGCCCGUGUACCCGUGCGGGAUCUGUCUGGGUGAAGUGAACGAUGAUCAGGAGGCCAUCUUGUGCGAAGCCUCAUGUCAGAAGUGGUUCCAUCGCGUGUGCACAGGAAUGACGGAGACGGCCUACAACCUGCUGACGGCUGAGGCGGCUGCUGUGUGGGGCUGCGACUCCUGCAUGGACGAGAAAGAUGGAGCACAGCUGCUCAAAACGAGGGAGGCGUCCGGCUCAGCUACGGCAAACAGCGAGGGACAAACCUGAGUGGUGUGUGUGUGUGUGUGUGUGGGUGUGUGUGUGUGUGUCUGAGUGGCAUGAAUGCGAAAGUGUAACACAUCACAAAUCCAUGCUUGAUUUUAUUAGAUCUGUAUCUCCACGCAGCUACAAUUCAUAUUUAUCACUGAAGGAACCUAAACACGGCCGGAACAUAAAGCGAGAGAGACACGCAGUGUUGGUUUAAGCCCCGCCCCUUUAUCUUACAUGAGCCGCCAUUUAAAUAUUUUAAAUUGACGAGUGAUCCCGAGGGAUGAGAUGAGAUGAUUUCAGUCUGGUGAUUUUAUUAAAAUGUUUAAAUUCUGUACAGUUACA